AUGUCCGACGAUGAGCCCUACAACGACGACAUGCCAGACGACGACAUGGACCAGCAGGAGGAGGAGGCUUCGGACUACGACUCCGAGUACGCCUGGGAGGAGGGACAGUCCGAUGGCGAGGUCGAGAGCUCGACGAAGGGAAUGGACCUCGCCAAGGCAGACGCCGACGCCCUGAACGUGGACGUGGAAGGCAUGUUCGCCAAGGUGGAGGCCCACACGUCCACCCUCAUCCGCCUCUGGGUGUGCGUGGAGCACUCGAGGCUGUUCGAGGGCCUCGCCACGAGCGCCGUGGAGGCCCUAGGACUGGACCCCGCCAAGGACGUGAUGGUUAUGUUCACGACAGACCAAGAUUACCCCGGGUGCGUGCGACCGAAGGUGCAGUGGGCGAGGCAGGUGGACCCCGUCAAGAGCAAAGCGGACGACCUUUGCCCUGAAGGGAGGAUCGGCGAGAUCUUCCCCCUCCAGGGAACCCUCUGCCAGAAACUGGACGAAGACCUGAAGGGCAUGUGGCCCCGCGCGGCGGACAGGACCAGGGUUAGACGCGAAAUUUCCGCCCAACUUAGGGGCGGAGGUGGCGGUGGCGGCGGCGGCGGCGGUGGGGGCAGCGGCAGCGGCGGCGGCGGCGGCGGCAACGGUAACGGAUCCAGCGGUCGAGCCGGGGUCACCGAAGAUGGUGGUGGUGGCUCAGCCGGCGGCGGAGGAGAUGGUGCGGCGGCGGCGGCAGUGGCGGCAGCGGCAGUGGCGGCGGCGGGGGCAGCAGGGGCCGACGUGCACGGAGCAGCGCCGCCGUCGGUGGGAGGCGCAGUGUGGACCGGGGGGGGGGCGGCGGCUGAGCCUGACAGCGCGGCAGUCCAGUGGGCGAUCGAAUCGAUCUGCGAGACCACCGGCGCGUCGAGAGAGCUUGUUGCCUACACUCUCAUGGUCUCCAAGUACGACGAGCACCGGGCACACCUGACCCUUCUGGACGAUGGGCUGCGAUCCUCGCUGGAGGAAGCCUUCGGAAAAAUUCAGCGUCUGAAGGACAUGUACCCGUUCGCGGAUGAGGCGCUUCUGCUCGACGCCGUUGCUGUCCACCCUAGGUCGGACGGGCUGCGGAGCAACUUCGUCCGCGGAUCCGAGGCGCGAGAGGACUUGGACGCGAGGACGGCCAAGCUGGAGCAGCUUGCAGAGGCGAACCCUUUGGCACGCGUAGCACUGACGAUAAUGAAGAAACUCCGCAACGCCAACAAGGACUGCCUGGUCUGCGACGAGCCGAUAGAGGGCUUCCUCCCGGCCGUGCCGAUCGUCUGCCCUAAGGAGUUCUGCCGGUGGAGAUCCGAGCAAAUGGGGUGCGGAACGGACGUCGAGUCGCAGGUGUUGAGGAAAGGGGAGACGGUGGACCUGCUGGUCGACCUCUUCUGGAUGGCCAUGCACAGCGGUCGCUCGGAGCUCGCCUUCCCGGCUACCGUGCAAAGCGGCACCGACCUGGUAUUCAAGCACCCCAGCGGGCGCAACGACGUAGACAAGGUGCAGCAAGUCCUGAGGGCGCUGCCGACCGUGGCGGACAUGCAGCGGUGCAUCAAGCGGAAGCGGGGAGAAGGAGAGGAAGGAGAAGACGACGACCCCCAGGCCGGGAAAACGACGAUGGCAUCCACAACGCCGGCCCCUCCCCUCCUCGAAGACGAACAAGCGCGGCAACGGAGAGCCGCCAACGUGGCCAACGCCUCCGCCAACGCCGCCGCCAUCGCCAUCGCCGCCGACAACGCGGCCGUGGCCGCCGAGGCCGCGGCCGCGCGAGCGGCCGCCAGCGACGCCGCCGCAGCUCGGGGGCACGACGCCACCGACGAGUCGGGGGGGUUGUCGCUAGAGAAGGCUCUGGCAGAGAAGAACCCGCUCGCGUACCGGCUGCUGCGGUGGCUGCUGUCGGCGAACCGUGCCCACUUGCGGCCUUUGCGGGAAUGGGAGCUUAUCCCAGAGAUCCCAUGCCAGAAGCAGUUUACGCUCGUGACAGGUACCGCCGAGCGAGAAGCUAGGUUCCAGGUGUUGAAGCGGGAGGCGGCACUCUUGUCCGGGGGGGAAACGGGGACGGGAUCGUUCUACGCCUUCCACGGCAGCGGCCCCGGCAACUGGCAUGGUAUCCUCCAGGAGGGCCUCAAGAACAUGUCCGGUUCGAGAUGGAUGUCUACCGGGGCUGCCAUGGGUAGCGGAAUAUACAUGGCCAACCAGCUCUCCAUCUCGCUUGGUUACGCGGGAGGGCGGGGGGGCAGCUGCAGCGGACACUGGCCAAAUGCUGAGAGAGUGGGCGGACAAAACCCUGUGAUAGUGGCUAUCUGCGAGGUCAUCGACAGGGAGUCGUACAAGACACGGGGCCGGAAUGCUGGGUACUACGUAGUUCCGGACGAAGAGUGUGUGGCGACAAGGUUUCUAUUGAUCAAUCCCAAACCAGGACAUGCUGGCGGGAUUCUGGCCAGCUGCCUUACCAUUCACGUGCGGACGUGAAAGCCGUGGCGGCCGUUUGUGACUGGAUGAUGGUCUCCGCCCCCUCCUG